AUGUCUCGCCGACGGCGCGGGGCAAACAAGACGUCGCGGGCAGGCAGCGGUGGCCGGGGGGCGGGGGAGAUGCAUGGAGACGACGCGAGGGCGCCAUCUACGGCGGCGGCGACGACGACGACGCGGACGCUUUCGUCGAAGCUGAGGGUCCCGCCGGGCGAUGCGCCGACCAGUGAGAAACUCCCCGUGAGGGAAGAGGCGAAGGGCAAGAGAAACGCGACUGUGGCGCCAGUGCAAAUGCCCAAGUCUCCAGCAGCCGACGGCCAGGCGACGGAAGGCCGUGUGGGUGGGUGGGUGCGCAGGCUGCUCGCCUUCAUGUUCGCAAAGGAGGAGUUUGUCGAGACCCCCGUGGUCGCGGAGGUGACCUCCGAGCAGGUGCGCACCUUCCAGGUGGUGGAUCGCCUGCUCCCGCCGUUUGCCAAGCGGCCGGUGUUUUACGCCGUGGACUUUUUUACCACCCGUCGUGUGAUGCUCGUCCUGCUGCUUAUUGCCGUGUUGCUCGGGUACUACAGCUUCCAUGAGGAUGUCUCGACCUUUACCGCCUCAUUCAUCGUCGCAGAUGAAAAUCGGCCGGGGGUCCGUUUUCUGCAAACGCACAGGGUGCGCCGCAAGCACCCCGUGAUGAUCAUCCCGGGCUUCAUCUCCACCGCCCUCGAGGUGUGGGAAGACAACGUGGAGUGCGUGGAGGCGCAGCGGUCGUUAGCGUCCAACUUUCGCCAGCGCAUGUUUGGCCCGCGGAUGCUGCUCAUGGCGUUUAUCGAUCCCUUGUGCUACUUCCGCCUCUUUGCGCUGGACAAGCGCACCGGCUUCGACCCACCGGGGGUGAAGAUCCGCCCUGACUUGGGCUUCGGCGCCUCCGACUUCUUCAUGCCAGGGUACUGGGUGUGGGCCAAGGUGGUGCUCAACCUCGCCGACAUCGGCUACGACCCACAGAGCGUGGGGAUCUUCUGCUACGACUGGAGGCUCUCUCCGCGUCGCAUGCACCAACGUGACGGGUACUACUACUACCUCCGCAACCAACUCCUAUACCUGUAUCAAAAGAAUAAUGACAAGGUGGUGGUUAUUUCCCACAGCUACGGCACCGACGUCCUCAUUGACUUUCUCCGCUGGUCGGAGGAGCGUGAACCAGGCUGGGUGGACAAAUACAUGGAAUUCUGGGUCAACCUUGGAGGACCGACGUUGGGAGUGGCAAAGGCGGUGUCCGCCGUGCUUGCCGGGGACGCAAAAGACACCCUCACACUUCCAGGCCCCGUGCGUCAGGUGCUUGACUCACACCUCUCACGCGAACUUCGCACGGAAACAAUGCGCACGUGGUCCUGCCUGUCAGCCAUGUACCCAUUUGGCUGCGAUGCCAUGUUUCCGGACCUAUUGACCCUUUCCAACGGCACUCGGCUUACCCCGAGGCAGGUGCUUCAGCUCACCGCGCGGCGACUGCGUGAAAGCGACCAUGCGGCGCAGAGGGAGCACAUUGAGGAGAUCCUGGAGCACUUUGACGAGCUGCCCUCCCUUCCCCCCUCACCAAAUUUAACGGUUUUUUGUCUCUAUGGCGUGGAUCGGCCGACAGAGGUGGGGUACAUUUUUGGCGACGACGAGAUUGUCAACCUCACCUACCAACAGCCGGGGCGUGCCAUCAAUGGCGUGGUUUUUGGCAACGGCGACGGAACUGUGCCGCUCAUGUCGCUUGGCUACAUGUGUCGGGCAGAGAAUGGCUGGAAGCGGAACGUGGGCCGCGUCAUCACGCGGGAGCUCAAGCACAGCACCGGGUCCAUGAUGGAGCUGCGCGGGGGCUCGAACAGUGGCGAUCAUGUUGACAUGCUUGGCAACUACGAACUCAUUGAGACAAUUUUAAAGAUUGUCUCGGGCAACGCGGGAAACGGUGAGCUGACGGAUCGCAUGUACUCUGACGUGGAUGCGCAGAUCGCGGCGGCCACGGAGUGCGCCACCAAGAAAAACUUGAGCCCCCUCCCACCUUAG